AUGGAGGUGUGCAGUCCAGAUACCAGCAAUAUUCUUAAUCCUCCUCCUCCUUCAGGUGAUGUCAUCCAGUCACUUGUCACAGACAUCAAAACAAACCCAGCUAGCCAACCCUUUUCCACGAAGCAGAUGGUCAGUUCAAGUAGUGUUCAAAUGAUGCAGGAAUUGACAUCAAACUCUGCUAGUGGUAAACCAUCUGAUAAUGGAGACGAAAUCUCAGCUGCCAUUUCUUCAACGUCAGUUUCAAAUCCUGGGGCAACUCGUCCGAAGUUGCUUGCAGAAUUGACAUCUGUAAGAGCUACCCCUAGUGUAGAAAAUCUGACAAUUAAUAUUGGACAUGAAAAAGCCGUCCGUUCAGAAAGUCCAAUAAUUAUAAUUGAAAAUAUCUCAAAAGUUUUUCCAGUACCGUUUAAUUCUCAUGGACAGAAAACAAUGCCCAAUCUCAUCCCCGGUGAAUCUCAAUUGACAUUAAGUAAGAGAACCUCCACUUCUCAGGCAAGUACUGCGAUGAAAAAGCCAACACCUGUUCAAGUCAUGCCAUCCGUUUGUCCUGAUAGUAAUAUCAAACACCAAGAGAUAACUGUCACGGACAGCAGUCGAGCAGGCAAAGAAACAUUUAAAUGCGAGGAAUGUGAUUAUGCAAGUUAUAACAAGCACUAUUUAAAACAGCAUGUUGAUCUUGUCCAUCAUGCUGACAGACCAUUCAAAUGUCCCUUUUGUGAUUAUGCUGGUAAACGGAGUCAUUCUUUACGAGAGCAUUUGAUUGUUCAUUCGAAUGAACGACCCUAUGAGUGUACGCACUGCAACGCCACAUUCAGAAAGAAAGGUCAUCUUACAAACCACACGAAACUCCAUCAGAAGACUGUCUUCUGUAACACAUGUCGUAAAUCUAUUAUUCAUGCUGAAUUGGAGUCACAUGUGAAAACAUGCCAUGCUAGAGAAAACGUCUUCGUUUGUGAAAUUUGUAGUUUUGUUGCACCAGAUGAAAAGGCCAUUUUAGAACACAUCAAGCUGCACCAAUCUCAACAAGUCUAUGUAUGUAGUACAUGCAAGCACAUGACUAGUGACUUUGAUGCCUUUGUUGCACAUGCAGAAACACAUCAACAAACAUCUGCAAAUACAGACACAGGUAUCACAGAACUGAAAUCUGCUUCAAUUAAAGCUGACCUCAAACAAACUAUUCUAUCGAAACGUUCACAUGACCCAGAUCAUGGAAAGGUGUCACCUUUGUCUAAAAUUCGACCAGUACAAGCUACCACUAGUCAGCCAAGUAAACAGGACCUUUUGCUGAAAUGCUCGGAGUGUGGAUUUGUAGCACCUACCACUACACUUAUGAAAAACCACAUGUGGACCCACUUACAGAGCAUUGAUGCACCAUCCUCAUCAUCCAAAGAGGAAAAUGUUCCAUCAAAACCCAUAAUAGAAAAAUUGGCAUCACAGGAAAAGUCUGUGUACAAAUGUGUGGAAUGUGAUUUUGUGUGUGAUGAAGCAUACAAUUUUGUAGUACACAUGUUAGCACACAAACCUGAGCUUCAGCACUCAAAUGUUCCAUCAAUUCCGGUGCCAUCAUUUUCUGUACAUUCUGCACUAGGACAACAGCAACAAAGGCAAGCUACACCCAUAACCUCAGUACCAGUACAGGGAGUUCCUGUGCCAUCAGUACCAGCGAAAACAGUAUCUAUUCAGUCGGUACCAUUGCAGUCACCACCAGCAUCGUCCGUACAGAGACUUAAAUCUGUAAAUACGGCCACAAUUGAAAAACAGGUUGCAUCUGUUCACAUGACUUUGGUUUCUUUUUCAAAUUCCCCAUCAGUACAUUCAACAUCAGCAGCAACAGCCUCCACAUCUGUAUCAGCUACUGUGAUGUCAACAGGAACAGAAUCAAUAUCCCACUCUGCCAUCCGUCAAGAUCUCAAGGAGACUAUCCUUGCCAAACAGCAGAAAUUACCUGCAGGAAAAGAUGGAGAGUUACCUCCUUUUAUCCAUGACAGAGUGAAUGCUCGAUACCUGUGUACGAUUUGUGGAUAUAGUUGUGAGUUUCAGAGGACUAUAAAAGCUCACAUUUGGAAACAUUCAGGCAACCAGGACAUAGAAUACCCAAUGUUUCAAAAUGGUCCACUCAGCAUUUAUGAUUCUGAUGUAGAAUCUAAAUCAUGUGUGAAUUUAACACCAAGUUCUGUAUCUGUAUGCAUGAUGGAAAAGGCACACAAAGUAUUAAAAGAAUAUAAGACUACCUCACAACACACGUCUGUGAGUCCUGUUGCUCCAGCUUUAGCUCACCUUUUGGCUGCAAGGGCUAUGACAGGGCUCACACAGGAAGUGACCUUACCAAAGGUUACAGAGACAGAGCCCAGAUCGGAGUCAGAGGUCAAAGAUUCCACAGAGGAGAAGGGAGGGAAGUUAUCUGCUUCAGUUGAAACAGAUUUUGUCACAAAACCACUGUCACAACCAGUCUUGGUGCCAUCCCUUGGAAAUGACAUGGAUAUCAUAUCUACAAGGAAUGACACAGAAAAUAAAUCUAUAAAAAUACCAGAGGAAAGUCAUGCAGAGCAAAUUAAGGGAAAAAAUAUUGAAAAUUUUAAUAACACAUCUGUUGAACCAUCUGUUGUUGGAAAUGAUAGCAAAGAGGAAAUGGACACAGCAAUUGAGAAAAAAGAAAUACAGGUAGAUAAGAUGGAAGUUGAGAAACAAGGUGAUGCAUCUCCCAAAACCUCAGGAUUAGCCCAAGCACCUAACACAGCAAAGAGACGUAAACUGAGUGAAUCGAAGUACGAUGUAAAUGAAAUGUUACAAAUGGUGAAGAUGUUCUGUGCAUCAGAGGAUGCUGAAUGUGACGAUUCUGUAGAGCAAGGGAAUGUUGUCGUGGAAACAGUGGACAGUGUGGCCAACUUAUCAGGGCUCACCAGCAUAAAGAGUCAACAAGGCAGUCCCCGCACAUGCUCAGGAACAACAGGAUCUAUUGAAGGGGAGAUAACUGGUGGAUCAGAACAGGACAUGGAAUGCGGUGACUCUGGGUUCAUGUCUGAUACAAAUUCCGGUCAAUCACAAGCUAAUACUUCAGAGCAGGCUCAGAUUUCAACUAGACUUGGUGCCAGGCGAUCAGGAAGGUUGAAGAAAAAGGCCAUCAAUGCUCUUAAACCAAAUCACAAAGAGGAUAGCGAACAGAAGGCUAAGCAAGUGUCUGGGAAUGGAAAGUGUAAAAGCAACGUUUUUGAUGAUGAGAUAGAGAAUAAAAAUAAUGAAAGAAUUGAAACAUUAGAGGAAGAUGUUCGACCAUCAUCUAUGGCAGAAUCAGCUGUAACUUUACUGUCACUGUUGAAAAAAGGAGCAAACCACAAUCCAGCAUGUCCACCAUCAGUGAAUGAUGUCAAGGACAAACAGUCUGAUGUCAUUACGAAAAAAGUAGAUAGUACAAAGGAGAAGACUCCAAAAUCUCAGGGUAUUUCCUCAUCUCUUCUUGCUGUCAUUGAACAGUUGAGGGAAAGAUCACGGUCAGAAACAGACUAUGAUGUAGACUCCGGAAAGAAAGGUUCGAAAAAGAAGUCCCGCAGGCUCUCUGCAGAGGAUGAAGGGCCAAUGGAAAAGAUGGACAAUGUUGAACGUAUCGAAGAGGCAGAAGAAGACGAGUCAAGGUUUCGGUGUAAAUUGUGUCACUACUCGAACUCUAGCACUUUCGUUAUGAAGCAGCAUAUGCGUCUUCACAAGACAAAGCGUCCAUUUGAGUGUUCUCUUUGUGACUUCAUGGCAGAAUCUAGUGAGGACUUGCAGAAUCAUAUGAUAAAGCACUGUAAAGUUAGGACUUACCAGUGUAAGUUGUGUCCAUCUGCAUUUAAUUACAAGAGUCAACUGCGAGCUCACAUGAGAGCACAUAACGAAAAAGAUGUUUUUGCAUGUGAGGAAUGUGAAUUUGAAACAGGAAACCCUAAUUUGCUUAGAAACCACAUGAUCAAUUGUCACGAACUCAAACAAUAUGUGUGUGAGGAAUGUGAUUGCAGAUUUAGCUCAAAGCAACAGCUCAGAAUUCAUAAGAAAGGCAUGUGUAACGCAGAAGAUGAAAUGCCAUUGAUUGUAUGUUCUGAUGAAAAUAAAAAGGAUUCACAUGAUCAGAAAUCUCAAGGAAGGUUACACAAACAGGAUUUCAGUUGUGCAAAGUGUGAUUAUGUCACAAACUCCUUUACUAGAUUUGGUAAUCAUAUGAAGACACAUGAGGAGCCUAAGGUCCUAAAAUGCGAACUUUGCGACUUUCCUGCUGUGUCUAAUCGUAGUUUGAAAUCACAUAUGAAACGACAUAUUAAUGACCAGCGAUUUGUGCAACAGCCGCUGGAACAGUACAAAUGUAACCUAUGUGGCUAUGUAUGUCACCACCUGCCAUCACUCAAGUCCCACAUGUGGCGCCAUGCUAGUGACCAGAACUAUAGUUACGAAUUCACAAAUGAAGUUAUAAAUGCAGCUAUUGAUUAUGACAGUCGACUUGACACCAAAGAAUGCUGUGAGGAUGAUGUUGCAGAGUUCAACAAAACCAUUCGUGAAAAGAUGCGGAUUCGACUUGCUAGUCAAGGUGUCACCAAGGAUGCGGAGAGCUUAUGUGCAGUCUGUUGGGUUACAUUUCGCUGCUGUCAGUGUGGAUUUGAAGUUAUAAACAAAGCACAGCUCAACUUACACAUGAAGACACACUCUGAUGUUAUUCAGUGGACUCUCCAGGUCUCUCAGAACAGCCAGGCCGGAAGUGGUACAAGUGGAGGACAAACUAGUGCUAGUACUGUGGACAUUGGGGAGGGAAAUAAUCACAAUAAACAAAGAUCUGAUCGGAAAGGUCUAGAGAUCAGAUAACAGGUGUGAAAGGGAAUAUCUGUAGGGAAAUAGUAAAUCUGAUAGGCCAAAAGAUGGAGAAACAUAUAUAUAUAUGUAUAGUUAUGAUCUGAUGGGA